AUGGAAUCACCGCCUGAGUCCAACCAGAGAAAGAGAAGAAGGGUUGAGGCGGCUCCAAUGACCCCGGAGCUGGCGCGAAAGCCGCCUCCAGGGUCGCGGACCCCUCCGCACCAAGGAACCAGUGCCUGCCAUCGGUCUCCAACUCUACCAGAGUACCCUUACUUUGAACCGCCUCCCGUCAUCCCCAGGGAAAUGAUGAUGACUCCCGAGUUUACGCCAGUCAAACACCGUCUAUUUUCCGAUACUGAGGGCUCGCUGCUAGUCAGAGACGACCUUCUGUCGUUCGCCCCUUCCCUCGAGUGCCCUAAAACCCCACCUCGGCCAACUGUUAAUGUCGAACCGGUGGGACCCCGACGACUUUUUGCUGACUUCGAUAGUGAUGACGAUGACGACGAUUCGCGACCCCUAACGAAUCCUUUUUUGGUGCAAGAUGAGGAAGACACCACUGCGUCCCGCGAAACUCCGGCCGACGAUAACCCCUUUUGGGGUCGGAGAAAGCGGGUGCUGCUGCUAAACCUUGAUACCCACAUUGAAUAUAUCAACCACACCACAGGGAAGCGGCUCACGCAACCAGUGGCCCCCGCGCACCGCCACUUGAAACCUUCGGCGCUUCGCUUUGACAAUAUCCCCCACGAGAUUACAGACAGAUACAUCAAUCAUUCAGGCAACCACGUGAUAAACCUCAAACCUAAACACAGUUUGGGGUUUCGUAUCCAUGAGGAUGAUGAUGUACGCACCACGGGCGACCCCAGCGAUGAACUGCCCACUCGUUCGAAUAAUACCCGGUCUCGCGAGUGA